CGGGGCCCGGCGCCGGGGGGAUGCGCGGGUCUGGGCGGGCAGCCCCGGCGCACAGCCGCGGCCCGGGCGCGCGGCGCGGGGCGGAAAAGCCUGUUUACACAGACUGCACACCGCCUGGGGAAUAAUGCAGUAAAGGAAGUGAGCAGGCUCGGCCUGACUGCUCCAACUUCCUGCUCUCACACACAGCAGAGGAAAAAAAAAAAAAAAAAAAAAAAAAAAAGAGGAGCGAGAGAAAGAAAAAAAGGGGGGAAAAAUCAGGAUCUCAUUACAAGAGCAACAGACCGUCUGCAGACGCCUGUCAGCAUGGAAAGUCGGGGGCUUUCGCCCGGGUCCUCCUAGAAACCUCCCCAAGAAGACUCCCAAACGCUCCCCCACAUCUGGGUAUGGAGAGUGCAAUCACACUGUGGCAGUUCCUUUUGCACUUGUUGCUGGACCAGAAACAUGAGCACCUCAUCUGUUGGACAUCCAACGACGGCGAGUUCAAGCUCCUCAAGGCGGAAGAGGUGGCCAAGCUGUGGGGUCUCCGCAAGAACAAGACAAACAUGAACUACGACAAGCUGAGCAGAGCCCUGAGAUACUAUUACGACAAGAACAUCAUCAAGAAAGUGAUUGGGCAGAAGUUUGUGUACAAGUUCGUCUCUUUCCCGGAUAUCCUAAAAAUGGAUCCUCACGCGGUGGAGAUCAGCCGGGAGAGCCUCCUGCUGCAGGACAGCGACUGUAAGAUGUCCCCCGAAGGCCGAGAGGUCCACAAGCACAGCUUGUCUGCCCUCAAAAGCACAAGCCGCAACGAAUACAUCCACUCGGGCCUGUACUCGUCCUUCACCAUCAAUUCCCUGCAGAACCCUCCCGAGGUCUUCAAGGCCAUCAAGACAGAGAAGCUGGAGGAGCCAUGUGAUGACAGCCCCCCUGUGGAAGAAGUCAGGACUGUGAUCAGGUUUGUGACCAAUAAAAACGACAAGCACAUCACCAGACCUGUGGUGUCCCUGCCUUCCACAUCCGAGGCCGCGGCAGCAUCCGCUUUCCUGGCCUCAUCUGUCUCGGCCAAGAUCUCCUCUUUAAUGUUGCCAAAUGCUGCUGCCAGCGUUUCGUCUGCAUCGCCCUCCUCAUCUCGGUCCCCAUCCCUGUCCCCCAACUCCCCCCUCCCUUCCGAACACAGAAGCCUCUUCCUCGAGGCAGCCUGCCAUGACUCGGAUUCUCUGGAACCCUUAAAUCUGUCAUCGGGCUCCAAAUCCAAGUCUCCAUCUCUCCCCCCAAAAGGCAAAAAACCCAAAGGCUUGGAAAUCUCUGCACCUCAACUGUUGCUCUCCGGCAGCGACAUCGGCUCCAUCGCCCUCAACAGCCCAGCCCUCCCCUCAGGGUCCCUCACUCCAGCCUUCUUCACUGCACAGACACCAAAUGGACUGCUGCUGACCCCGAGUCCGCUGCUCUCCAGCAUACAUUUCUGGAGCAGCCUUAGUCCUGUGGCUCCCCUGAGUCCUGCCAGGCUGCAAGGGCCAAACACACUUUUCCAGUUCCCCACACUGCUCAAUGGUCACAUGCCGGCGCCACUCCCCAGUCUGGACAGAGCUCCGUCCCCAGCCCUGCUUUCCUCCAGCUCUCAGAAAUCAUGAUGACUGGCGGCAGCAGCGGAGGCAACUAAGGACUUAAAACUGAUGAAGCCAGUUUGUCCCCGUGGGCUAGUUUACCUGUGUCAUGAGAAGGACAUUGUGAAACCCUGUUAAUUUGGUUUGCACUUUUCAUAACACGGAUAACCUAGAUGUAUGUUAGCAUUUUAAAAACCAUUUUUAUAUAUUCAGCUCUAUAUGAAAGUGUAUUUGCAUUAAGUGGAUUUUAAUGUUUUUGUUUUUCUAUCCUUUUAGCUCUCAAGUGUUGAACACUGACAGUGAAGACCUUUUUAAUGUUUUCAAUAUAACUAGUAAGGAUAUGUGAAGCUUUUUAUUGCUUUAAUUCUGCAUAUGCUCAACUCUGUUUCUAUACACAAUAUAACCAGCUGUGCCUUCCUUUGCGUUUAGUUUUAUGUACAUGAUUUAUGUAUUUCUAGUAUUAAGGGGAAAAUGUUUGAAGGACAAAAUGACAUCAAACAGCUCUCGGGAGAAUGUUCUUUUCACAUGUAGAAAACAUGAAAGUAUACUCCAUUCACUGCCUUAGAACCCCUUUGACCUGAAAGCCAGUAAAUGUAAUGUUCAAGUAAUCUUUUUAUAAGAAUGAACGAAGCCAUAUUUAGACAAUAAACAUUCUUUAAAGAA